AUGAGCAGCAGACCUGGGGACUGGAUGUGUGCUGCGUGCCGCCAUCUCAAUUUCCAGAAGCGCGAUUCGUGCCACCGAUGUUGCUGUCCUAAAUACGCUGCUGAGGGCGAUGUCUCGCUGUACUCGCAGCCUGAGAUGCUGCCGGGAGACUGGUACUGCGGCGCUCUCAAUUGCCGAGCUCAUAAUUACGCUAGCCGAGCAAACUGCUACAGGUGUGGCGCGACUAAGGAGUACUCCGGCUAUGGUGCUGCUUUAAUGGCGUCUGCUGGUUAUCCCGACAUCGCCAUUCCUGGUUGGAAAGCCGGCGACUGGAUUUGCACCAGACCGGGCUGCAGCACGCAUAAUUACGCGUCAAGAACAGAGUGCUAUAAGUGUAAGACAGCCAGGGAAUUCGGAGGAGCAAUGUGAGGAAUGGAGAAACCUUAGCGGCAUAAUGAUUGAGUUCGGCUAAUACUUCCCUAAUGACGAUUUCUAACUCUCUUUCCUUCAUAAAUGUAUCGCGCAAAGUGUUCUUAGAAAUGGUUUUUGUGUUUCAGAAAUUCGAAUGACUAUUCACUCUGUUUGUUUUAUUGAUCUUAAUCUAUCAUCAUGGUAUUA